AUGUUGGUGAGGAACGCAAAGAAUAGGAUCCUUCUUGGCCAACCUUGGAAGGGGUGUAUCCGAUAUAACUCAUCGACACAGAAAAAACAGGAUGCCAGCGAGGAUGCGGGCGUGUCGCAAGGUCCCACGAAAGUCACCGACUUUAGUCUUAACGACAUCUUUAGCAGAAUUAAAAAAUCGUCGGUGAAAGCUGCCGAAUUGAAGAAACAACGAGAAAGUGAAGCAAAAGAGCGAGACGAGGCCAGAAAGACUCGGUUGCAGCUGGGGUUUCGCAAAGAAGGCGGCCAGUCUGGGUUUCCUGGCAAAGGCCAGUCUGGGUUUCCUGGCGACAACAGACAAGCCAGGGGCCCACAACGUCCGUUUCGUGGCGAAGGAAGAAAUUCGCCGCAAUCUCAGCAGGACGCACGAGCAAGGGCAAGUUACUCUCACACCACGGAAAACAGACGCUCAGGAUUUUUUUCAAACAACGCGAGAACGAAUCUUGGCCAAGAGUCUCGUGCGUCAGAUUCUGAACCAGCUUCAACCCAAUCUUUCUCUAGAAGAGGAAAAGACAAUUCAAAACGUGAUCAAGUCGCAAAAAUGGGAUACGAGAACACGUCUUUAUUCGAAGGACCUCAAGAGUCUUCUCAGCGUGCCAAAUUAUUCCCGUCAGUCGGUGGAUAUAACGACGGGGCUCAAAGACGUCAAAGACAAGCGAGAUCAAGUUCAUUCACGAGAAAGCCACCAUUUGCAAGAGGAAAAGCCGAAGGUAGAAAAACAGCCAGAUUUGGUCAAGCCGAAUCAAAACCAACGGUUGCUGGUAGGAUCGAGUCGAAAGAAUUGGUCGCGGCGGACUUGAAUCCGCAAAUGACCCCCGAGCAUUUUUUCUACGGUAGAGCUCCCAGUUUCUUGAAUUCUUCCCUUUCUUCGAGGUUGGCCUCCAUUGCCAAAUUGACAUUGAUUGACUCAAAGUAUCCGUAUCAACUCCCAAGGGAGAUUAUCGACCAAGCUCCACCUACGCGUCACAACCAGUUCAUUUUGCAAAAGAACUGGGAAGUCGAACCCCAGCAGGAGUUGUUGAAGUAUAGAGUAAACACCAUUGGAUUGGGCAAACCUGAACUGAUUGACGCCACGGAUGCUACGAAUCCCGUGUUGAAGAAGGUUGCGCAUGAUAUUGAAAUCAAUGCUUCGAUGAAUAUAGCACAGAAACAGACCAUGUUUGACACUAUUAGGGACAUGAACAACAUCAAGGACAUUUUCAAAAACGCUCCUUGGAGAAAACAGGCUUCAAAUUAG